CCUUGGAAAGACCUGCCUACCGGGAUUAGACGCAACGCUAUUUUGGGGCUCUUGUCACAUUGGACGUCAGAUUCAUAGCGCUGCUGGGCUGGGUCACGCUGCUAGGACUCGCCAUUCACUUGAUCGACACAAAUAAACGCCAAGAAAGAGCCUUCAAACCGGGUUACUUUGAAAAAGUUUCAUAGUUCGUCUCGUCUUUAGCGUUUCUGCUUUGACACACCUUUGGAAGUUAUCGAGUGUGAAUACUCUGUGUGCUCGAGACACACGACGCUUCUGAAACUUUUGCGUGCGUAACGACGUUGGAAGACGAAAUGGGGGAGAGUGAUGUUCAAAUGGAGAGUACAGAGCAAAUGCAGGAGCCUCAAGCUUCAAGCUCGGACAAAAUCGACUUGUCAUUAGAUGACAUUAUAAAGCUGAAUAAGAAGGAACAGAAGGCAAACAGAGCUGCCAACAGAGCUAAAACUAAACGUGCUGGUAACAGGAACAACGUCUUGAAGAAACUCAACCAGGUUCCACAGCAACAGAGGGGACUCAGACGAGGAGUGCAGCAGUACCAAGGGCCUGGCAGAGUGAGAGGUUUAAGGAGUCAAAGGGGAUCCGGGAGGGGCAUGAUGUCGAGAAGGGGUUCACUAAAUAGAGCUGCUGCCACUGCCACGACUGGUGAACAGUUUGAUCAGACCACAUUCACAUCGAGGGGCAUAUUCAGAGGACGGGGAAGAGGUAGAGGAAGAGGAGGCAGACUAAGCAGGGGUGCAUUAUCAGCGAGAGGACAAAGGGGUGGAAGACCAUUUGUAUUAGACAGAGGGUUUUCCGCUACAAAAAGGGCAGAGACACUACAAAAGUAUCAGACAAUAAGAAGUCGAAGAACAGCACCAUCUGGCUCCACGCUGACAGUUUCCCUGCCAAAUGCUAAAUCUGCACCUGUCGCUGUGAAGACAUCUAAUCAGACUAGGAGGGGUGGGGCAGUGUUAAGGGGCAGAUCAUCUAGAGGAGCUGGUACUUCUUCAGCUAAGGGGAUUCCUCUGCAAUUUAACUACAAAGCAACUACUAACCAGACUGCAGUAUACCUUAAUGACCGUUUCACUGACCUGAGGUUAAGAGGGCAAGGACGGGGCCGGGGAAGAGGUGGUGGAAGAGGAAGAGGAGCUGUUGGAGGAGGUGGAAGAGGUGGAGGAAGAGGAAACAUUGUUGGGGAUGGACAAGUUAGAGAACAAGGAAACAUGGGUGGUGGAAGAGGCAGAGGAAGAGGAAACAUUAUGGGGGGUGGAAGAGGAAGAGGAGGGGUUGGUGUGACAAGAGGAGGAAGAGGCUUCAGAAGAGGGAGGGGAGGAUCAAGAGGAGCCGAUCGAACAGUAACUCUUCAGUGAUUAGAAUUACAACCAUUCAAUUUUAUGAAGUAAUAGAGUUUACUGAAAUUAAUUAUUUUUGGUAAAAAAAAAAUCAUUUUGGUGCAUCGCUAUUUACUGAAUGAUGUCAUUCAACUUAAUAUUUUUAACAUUUCUGACAGCGGGAUAAGGGGGGUUUUAUUGCAAUGUACAAACAAACAAAAAGUCCUUUUUAAAAGAAAAUGUAAAUUACUUGAUUGCUUUAUGAAGGUUUUUACAUUUUUAGGUUAUGGAAAAAUUAAAUUUUGAAAAGUACCUCAGAGGGUAAUGAAGUGCCUCUUCAAAUACAGUGUAAAUACUGUCUUGCAUUCUGACAUUAGAAGAGGUAAACUCAGUCAUAAAAACUGUAUCCUGUACUUUAAACAAAAUGUAAAAAAUGUAAAUAUAUCAAAAGUUGUUUACAUUUGACAUCAUCAUAUCAAUAAACACCAAACAAUGGACAUUUUUUUAAAUAUUUUGAAGAAUUAUUUUGU